GGGGCGGACCUAUCUGAGGGGCGGGGCCUAGGGGCCAGCGUGUUCCGGGCGUUCGCGGGGCCCGGAUGGCGGGGCAGGUGAAGGACCGCGAGGCCUUCCAGAGGCUUAGCUUCCUGUACCAGGCCGCCCACUGCGUCCUCGCGCAGGACCCCGAGAACCAGGCGCUGGCGAGGUUCUACUGCCACACGGAGAGGACCGUGGCCCGGCGCCUGGUCCUGCGGCGGGACCCGUCGGUGAAGAGGACCCUCUGUCGUGGCUGCUCGUCUCUCCUCAUCCCAGGCCUGACCUGCACGCAGCGCCAGAGACGCUGCAAGGGACAGCGCUGGACAGUACAGACCUGCCUAACAUGCCAGCGCAGCCAACGGUUCCUCAAUGAUCCUGCACAUGUUCUCUGGGGAGAUCUGCCUGAGGCCCAGCUAGGGAGCCAGUCAGAUCCAAAACCACCGCAGCCCCUGCCAAGCACAGCCCGCCCCACCCCGACCCACCUUACUGAGGAGAAAGUGCAGCCCCAGAGCUCUCAUCACCAGUGAUGGAGUCAGCGUCUUCCCGAUAAAUAAAGUUUAAUUCUGUUUCA